CGGGACGUGGUGAGCGCGGGACCGUGACAGCGCGCGGCCACACGGACGCGUCGCGUCCCGGAGCGGCUCCGCGUAAAGUCGCGCGCACCGGAGCACAAAAUGGCUCCUGACGGCGCCACAGACGAACGCAGCAACACCGCGCGGCACGUCGGCCUCUUCCGGAUCUCUGGAGCGGCGGCGGCGCGGACUCGCUUCGGAUUCAGCCGAGGCACGAGGGCCACGGAGCGGAUCUGUGCGCGCAGCUCCCCCGGCGCGCAGCUCCAUCUACCGGCGCGCAGUAAUUGAAAUGGCGCAGUUGUCCGCGGGCUGUUGGGGGGCACGAUGCGUGGCAAGAGACGUCAUUUGGCUGCAGAGCCGGAGGGGGGGUCGAUGCUGCUAAAACGUCUGAGUGCCGGGGAGGACGGCGCGGGUGCGCACGCGGCUCACAUGUUUGAUGGAGAUGACAUGCUUCUGAUAAAUCCUCCCGCAUCCGGCAGAAACGAGUCGGGGCGACAGAAGAGAACAAACCCGCGUGACUGUAGCCUAAUCCUGGCCCCUGGGGGUCUGAAGGGCCCCGGGCAGGACUUCUCUUUCAGCCCUCCUCUUUAUUCUUUCGGCGGAGACACACACACACACACACACACUCACACCGGAGCAGCGAGGCAGACGGACGAGGACGUGAAGUGAAGACCAACCGGAAUCCUCACAUUUCAAACCCCGGGACGGAGCAGCCAGACGCCGGUCUCCAUGUCUUCUGUGUCGGUGUCCUCUCAGGAGGGGCGGAGCAUGUCCAGGAUGUCUCUGAGCCGCUCACCUGUGUCCCCCAUGACCGCCCAGGGCAUCCCCUCACCCGCCCAGCUCACCAAGGCCAACGCCCCCGUCCACAUCGACGUGGGGGGGCACAUGUACACCAGCAGCCUGGCAACGCUCACCAAAUACCCCGAAUCCAGGAUCAGCCGUCUGUUUAACGGCACCGAGCCCAUCGUGCUGGACAGUCUGAAGCAGCACUACUUCAUCGACAGAGACGGAGAUAUCUUCCGCUACGUGCUCAGCUUCCUGCGGACCUGCAGACUGCUUCUGCCUGAAGACUUCAAGGACCUCCCCCAGCUGUAUGAGGAGGCUCGCUACUACCAGCUGACUCCGAUGGUGCGGGAGCUGGAGCGCUGGCAGGCGGAGCGGGAGGCCCAGCGGGCGUCGCCCUGCGAGUGUCUGGUGGUCCGCGUCACGCCCGAUCUGGGCGAGAGGAUCGCGCUGAGCGGAGAGAAGGUUCUGAUCGAGGAGAUCUUCCCCGAGACCGGAGACGUCAUGUGCAACUCUGUCAACGCCGGCUGGAACCAGGACCCCACCCACGUCAUCCGCUUCCCCCUCAACGGGUACUGCAGACUCAACUCUGUACAGGUCCUGGAGCGUCUGUUUCAGAAGGGCUUCAGCAUCAAGGCGUCCUGCGGCGGGGGGGUCGACUCGUCCCAGUUCAGCGAGUACGUCCUGUGUCGCGACCUGCGGCACAGCCAGUCCAUCACGAGCACCCCCAUCCGGAUCAAACAGGAACCUCUGGACUAACGGGCCGGUUCCUCACGGCGUCUCCGGGUCCCGCUGAGACCCGAAGACCGGAACGCUUCGCAGGAAACAUCAGGACCUCUAAAGGCGCUUUCAGAGCUUCAGUCUGGAUCCAACCCGAUAACUGACAUUAAUCACAUGUAAAUAAUAUUUGUAAUAAGAAUCUCUGCUGUCUGGCAGGAGCCGCCUGCUGGGUGAAUCUUGUCCUCUGUGUAAACAAAUGAAUGGAAAGGUAAUUUUUAUAAGUGUGUAAGGACGCUUAAUUUAAUUCUUUUUAUAAAACUGCCAUUUUGAAAACGUAUAUUUAACGUAUUUGUUAGCUUACUUUGUGUCACUAUUUUUCAUUUGUACAGAUGCAUUGAUAAAAAGAUAAAAGGUCUCUCAAAGCC